AUGGAGCCAAUAGACGCCAACGCAGCGGCUCGAUUCCUAGCCAAGCACGCGGACUCGGUGUCGCAAAACGGCUUCCUCCCAGGGCACCUCCCGCUGCGGAAACUCCCUGAUUUGCGGUAUUCCGCCUGGGAGUCCAUCGCCGCGAAUCUUCCAACGCUUAUAAGCACCGGCCGCAUCAGAAACGCCAUCGCCGAAAGCGCCAUAGAGUCAACGCAAGGUCUGCGCGGCGAGGAUGAGUGGAGGAGGGCCUAUGUGCUGCUGACUUACAUGAGCCAUGCGUACAUUUGGGGAGGUGACCAACCCGUCGAGAUCCUGCCACCACAGCUCAGCAUCCCGCUUCUGCGCGUCUCGUCGCAUCUCGCCUUGCCGCCCGUUCUCACCUGCGCGGCUGCCAAUCUCUGGAACUUUACCUCUAGAAACGCCUGCUGCUUUUCUUCGCUUUCCUCCCUCGCUCCACUCGUCUCCUUCACGGUCAGCCCCACGGAAUCAUGGUUCCUCAUGGUCGGCGUAGCCGUGGAGUCCCUCGGGGGAACCAUAAUUCAGACCAUCCUCGCUGCGGUCCGUGCCGCCAUCGCUCGCGACUUCUCCGCCGUUGCCGCCGCACUCUUGCAGCUCGCUGGCCACUGCGAGGAGAUCACCGCCAUACUGACAAGACUGCCGGAACAAUGCGAUCCCGCGACGUUUUACCACGAGGUGCGUCCGUUUUAUGCGGGCACGAAGAAUAUGACAAGUGCGGGUCUGCCACGCGGUGUGCUCUACGACACAGGUAAUGGAAAGGGUGAGUGGAAACAGCUCAGAGGCGGCAGUAACGGGCAGAGCUCGCUGUUUCCGUUGAUAGACCUGGCACUGGGCACACAACAUACGGCUUCUACCGCUACAGACAAGUGUCGGAGGCGUGGUGACCCUGGCAGUUCUGAGGAUGAUUAUCAUGUAGAUAUCCUCAGCUACAUGCCUCGCGAGCACAGGUGCUUUCUCGCAGACUUUGCGCAGAUAUGGAACGUACACGACGUCAUCAACGCGAUAGAGGACCCAGACACGUCGGAGGCACUGCGAGCAGCACACUUACAGGCCACAACGGCGGUGGUGCGGUUCAGGAGCAAGCACAUGCAAAUCGUGACCCGCUACAUCAUUCUGCCGUCGAAGAGAUCCGCGCCGCCGGCUGGUGCCGAGCAAGACCGACGAAGGCGGAACCUGGCGACCUGGCGCACCACGAGCGCGGAGCAUACGCUGAUAGGGACGUCGGGGACGCAGCUCAUGCCGUUUUUCAAGAAUGCUAGGCAACAGACAAUGACGGCUGCAAUCGCCAGUUAUGGAGAAAUGGUAAUGGGCCUGCCCAUGUAA